CAGAUAUAUUUUUUCUUCAUUCGGUCAGCGACCGUUCGUGUAGUAACAUAGUAGACCGCGCGCGUACGUGCUCUUGCGGGGGAAGCAUUUUCCUUCCUUUUUCCGACGCGAGCGAAAGAGGGUGGCGGUCUGUAAGUGUGUGAAGCACCGUGUUUUGUUCCGCGCGCGUUAUUCCAGUAUCGGUGCAAGUGAGUUUCGCCGUUCCUGACCGGUUCCUGUUCAACUUCCGGAAUUCCGAUGCUCUUUCUGGAAAUGUGCAUCGUGAAGAUAGCUAUCCUUGGGUGAAAAGUUUAAUCAAAGCAAACCGAGAUCCGUGUAUCCUGCCGAAUCUGUCAGUGCAGCAACGUGGUGCAUUCUCGUCGAGAUCCUAACCUUUUGGAUUGCGUUUGUUUUGGCUUUCUUAGCCUCCCAAAAUCAAAAGAGAGCUAACCAAAGUGAUUACGGACGUGUGUGCGAAGCGAAGAGAGUGAAAGUGACAUAACAAAAAAAAACGCAAAAAAAGUAUUUUGUAUCAACAACCAAAGUGAUAAGAGAAACAACGCCGACUUUACUCAACAACAAAAGCAACAAGAGUAGGUGACGUUCACAAGCCAUUGAUGGAUUUUUACUUGUGAUCAAACACACAUCCUGGGAUUAAAUCUGUAAAGCAAUGUGUGUUUGCGUGUGCGUGUGUGCGCGCGCAAUGAUGUGUGUAUAAAUACAUGUACAUGAAUAAAUAAAUGAAUGUAGUGUAAACAACAGAGCAAAGUGUGGUGCAAUCACAAGAUAAAUCGUUGAAUAACAAAUGAGGAAGAAAAUAUAAUGAUUGAUGGAAUGAGAUUAGAGUGAAUCAUUUGUGUAACAGUGCAUUGCGGGAGGAACGGAGAAGAAACUCUCCGGCAAACUAUAGAAACAGCAACAACAACAAAACGAAAAGACAAACUAUCAAACAUUUUGGCAUUGAAAAGCUGCAUCCUAUAAAGUUUCUAACCCGGAAUAAAAACAACCCCUUCAUUCGCAGUAUAGUGCAGUGCAAUCCGUGUCUCUUUCAUCAACUCCCACAAAACAUCAGCUGCGGAAAGUAGUUCACGAAAACAGCUGAAAAUAAAAGAAAUCAAAAUUAACCUAGAAUAAUUAAGUGACGUGCAAAACACGCUCGUGAUCACAAGUGAGAGUGAGAAAAAAAGUAAGCCAGAGCGAGAGAGGGAGGAAAAAAGUUAGUGAAUAAAAAAAGAGGAAAAAAUCUCUCUUCUUCCUGGUUUGUGCAACCGGCCAGAAGAAGAAACAACAACAACAGCAGCAAAAGUGAAGCAACUCAUCUGCGAGCUAUUGUGCUUUUGUGUGUGGUGACUUCAACGCCAGUGUUGAAAGUUAAUCGUGCAUAAAAAGAAAAUAAGUAAUUAUCCUUUUAAAUAAGAAAAUUGAGGCAGAAAGAAGGAGGCGAAAAAAAGAUGCUCAACCAAGUUGAAAAUUGGGAAAAAGAGAAGAAGAAAAUAAUCGAUGUGCUACAAUUAUAAGUGAGAUAAUUCCGUUGUUUUCUUUCUCUCGUCUUCCUAUCUGUCUUUACCACCUCUCUUUUCCCUGCUGCUAAAUUGGAACUGCCACCCGGCCCCACCCACACCCACAAUCGAUCAACGAUCCGGUUUUCUUCCGUGUGCCGUCCCUUCACGUGUGUUGGUUGAACAACACGCGGACGAUACCCCACCGGUUACGAUGGAAACUAGUUACAACGGUGGCACAGGAGAAUUUGACGUAAACAUGUUCGAUCAGUACAUUUACAAGCGCAACGAGUCCAAUCUGGACGUGUCGCUAUCGGUUCCCCACUACAACGGACAGCACGGCCACCAUUACAACAUGAAUGAUCACACCUUCCACACACCUUCGUUUGGUGACGAGGAAUUUGACAUUCCAACAAUGAAUUCACAUCUCCAUCAACAACAGCAGCAGCAGCAGCAACAACAACAACACUCACAUCAAACCCAUCAGAUGGAGCAGCAACAUCAGUAUCAAAUGCACAAUAAUGGUCAACCACCACCCCAUAUGGGAAUGUUAAAUGACCAACAACAGUCACAGCAACAACAACAACAACAACAACAGCAGCAGCAACAACAAUACAAUCAAUGGCAUCAGGAUACACAUUUAAAUCACCACGGCAAUAACUCAUACCCGAUGCCGUCACCCAAUCAGCCCACAUAUCACCAGCUGAGCAGUCCUAGUCCAAGCAACCCGAACGCAACCCUGCACGUGAUGCAGCCACCGCAGCAAUCGCCCCAAAUGCAGCCACAAAUGUCGCCACAGCUGAGCUCUGGCGGUCCCCCCGGCGGAUAUCUGGGCCGGUCCCCACCGCAGGUCGGUACCCAUCACCACAUGAACAACAACAACAACCACCACCUUCACAAUAAUAACAACAACAACAACGUCGAACCGGGCACGACCAGUGAGGACAGUGACGAUGCGAUUCCGGCCAACACCCUGAAACGGCCCUCACCGGAACCGGUGUACGAAAGUGAGGCGGCCAUCGCCAAAGUGGCGGCGGCAUCGCUGGCGAAAAAGCCCAAAGUGGCCAAGAAGAAAAAGAAACGGGACCCCAACGAGCCGCAAAAACCCGUUUCCGCGUACGCACUGUUCUUCCGGGACACUCAAGCUGCCAUCAAGGGUCAGAAUCCGAACGCGUCCUUUGGCGAGGUGUCCAAAAUUGUCGCCUCGAUGUGGGACGUGUUGGCGACGGAGCACAAAAACGUGUACAAAAAGAAGACGGAAGCUGCCAAAAAAGAGUACUUGAAGGCCCUGGCGGCGUAUCGAGCGAGCUUAGUGUCAAAGGGUACGGAAGGUGACCAACAAUCGUCCCAGCAGCAGCAGCAGCACCAGCAACAGCCAAUGUACUCACCACCCCCACCGCCCCACCAUCAACAGCAGAACAGCCAUCUGGUGAACCACUCGCUGCCCUCGCCCCAGCACGGCCAACCGGUUCCCCAAGUUAGUCCCCACAUGCCGAUGCCCGGCCAGCAGGGUCCGAACCCGGGAGGUUACCACCCACCGCCGUACGCAGCGUCACCGUACAAGUCUCAGACCAUGAUGCAAAUGCAACCGCAACAUCUUCAGCACCACCACAACCAGCAACCGAUGCACCCGGGCCAGCAGUCGCAGGGACCGCCACCACACCACAUGCAGCAGCAAAUGAUGGGCGGUGGCCAGCAGCAACCGCAGAUGAACGGAAUGAUGGCCAUGGGAAUGUCCGGCCCGCAGUCGCACUACAUGAAUCAACAGUAUUCUCUGCACUUUCCAGAUGCACCAGCACGGUCAACAGCAACAACCGCCUCCGCAGCAGCAACACUCGCAGGUCGGUGGCCACUCGAUGCAGCAGCAACAACAACAACCCCAUCAGCAGCAGCAACAUCCGCAACAACAACAACAUCAACCGGGUGGUCCACCGCAGGUUGCUCCGCCACUGUCCGGCAGCCCGCCGCAGCAGCAGCAGAACGGCCAACCGCAGCAAUGUAUCCGGCACGGAUGCCCGAACCCGGCGAUUGUCAAUUCCGACUGGGAGGAUGAGUACUGCAGUAACGAGUGUGUUGUGACGCACUGCCGUGACGUGUUUGGCAACUGGGUUCAGACCAACAACUCGCAACAGCAGACGUACUCAGCUGUGAAGUAAGCGGGUGCAAUCGCAAGAGGCUCCCAUUCAAAGCGUAACUAAUAUAAAUAAUUGCAUAAAUUUAACAAAACUCGUAAUUAAUUGUUACUACUAAAGCAAAAAGAAUACACAAAAUAAACACACUUUUUACAAUGAUACAACUUUUAAACAACUAAAAGAUAACAAAAACCCACACACUAUAAUUGAUAAGGAUAUUCACAAUGAAAAUGAAAAAAUGAAUUGAAUUCAGCAAUCAACUAAUUGUAACAUUCAUGAUGAUAAUGAUGAAGUAGUAACUUUUAAGUAAAUUCAACAAAAGACAGCCAAAAGUUGCAAUUAUGUUCGUUAAACAACAUUCAAGCUCGGCCGAAGACAAAGCAUUAAAAAAACUAACAAACACACAGGAAAAACUCGUUAAGUAAAGCAAUUUCCAACAUGUACGACUGUUUAUCCCGUUUUAACCUCCCAUCGAAGCGCGUUCGCCACUUGUUUCAUAUUAUAGUGUUGUACAUAGUUUCCUAAUAGUUUGAAAGCUUCGCAGCGAGCGCGGGAUUAUUAACGACGAAUCAUCUGUUUGUAUACAAACACUCACACAACCGCGAAGCUGUACAUUGUUAUUCCUCUUCCUAAUUUAUCUCGACCAUGUUGUUUUCAAUGAGUUUGUAAAAUAAAACGGAAAAGAAAUAAUAAAUCACACUAGGCAAAUAAUAAAAUUAAGUAGUUGUCGUUAUAUGAAAAAAGCAAAUAAUUACAUCCUAGAAUAGAGCCACACAAAUGUACACGUGUAAGAAUGAACAAAAAAAAACAAAUGUUUAAAACAACACAGUUUUCAUCAAAACUGAUCAAGUAUUUCAGUACAAGCCAUCCUCAUCACAUUAUCAUCAUUUAUUGUUAAAAACAAAAUCCCAUACAACAAUACCAACUCACACAAACACACAUGUUUAUCGUUCCACAACUGCAAUUCAAUAAAGAAAAACCCAUUCAGCAAAAAAAAAAACCCGAGCAAAUCUCGUCCUUUUUGAGGCAAUGAAGAAUCUACAAAAAGAGAGCCACCGACGGUGGGCGUAAAAAUGAAAAAUGUUCCUUUGCUAUACACACACACACAAACACACGAAGCAGUGAAAUCAACUGAAAAUAAUUGUAAAUGGUGCCAAUCAAUAGACUCUCCUGUUGGUUUGCGUUAUCAAAAAGGAAAGGAAAAAACAAAGAGUUGUUUUUUGGGUAAGCAGACAACAAAUGGCAACAUACAUACUAAAAUAAUAAAAAUACUAUUUUGUAGAAAGUUAAAA